CCAUUCACCAAGAAACAACCUUUCCUCAUCCACAUUCUUCAUAAAAUCACCAAUCUGCCCUAGAAAAGUUAAGACAACAGCUUCAAAUGGAAAAUCAAAUGACGACAAACCUCGUUCGUUCCACGAGUUUGCCUACAGCAACUCAUCCUCUCAUUGUCAGUGCAGAGGAGCAGUUGCAAAGGUUGAAGUCAUCUCAAGGAACUUCCACUUCUUCUCAUUCAACAAUAUGCCAAAGAUUGGACGGACUCAGAAAACUGUACGAUUGUGUUGACGAUGUCCUCCAUUUGCCACUUAGCCAACAAGUUCUCUCCCAUGAAAAACAUGUUAAAUUAUUAGAACAUGUCUCUAACGAUUCCCUCAAGGUUUUGGAUACUUGUAGCAUCACUAAAGACGCUUUCUCACAGAUGAAGGGACGUGUUCAACUACUCGAGUCAUGUCUACGUAGAAAAAGAGGUGGAGAAUUUAGCUUAUCAAAUGAAGUGAACGCAUACAUGGCAUCUAAUAAGAAACUGAACAAAGUGAUUUGCAAAUGUUUCAAAGAUUUGCAUAAGAAAGAAAAUGAUCAGACAAUAAUAAUAGAGGAUUCUGACCUUACAUCAUUGGUUAGUCUAAUUAAAGGACUUGAAGAUGUUACUCUUACAGUAUUGGAGUCAGCUUCAUCUUUCAUUUCCUAUACAAAGAUGAAAUCAAAGCAGAAUAGUUGGUCUUGGGUGGUCUCUAAGCUGUUGAAACCAAAGAGAGUCUCAUGUGAAGGAAUUGAUAUCUCUGAAAUAGAGAAGUUAAACAUGGAGUUGUUGCUUCUUCUACGAAACGAGAAGAUAGAUCAUUCACAGAUUCUAAGUGCACUUAAAAAACUGCUGGUAUUUGAGUCAAGCAUUCAAGAACUAGAGGAUGGGUUGGGAGCUAUCUUUAGGCUUCUCUUGAAAAAUAGAGUUUCCCUUCUCAACAUUCUUCACUACAUAUGUGCUAUGUUUAGUAUAUGGGGUUCCAAUCUUGUGUAUACUAUUUUAUCCUAGAGAGUACAAGAAAUGUUACCAUUUUCAGCUUUGGAUGUACAUUUUUGUCAUAUGGAAUACAGCAAGUGUAACAAAUUU